AUGGGUUCUGGAGCAGACUGGGUCUCUGGAGCUUGGACCACCAGGACGGGUCAGGUCUCCCACCUCCACGUCACCCUCUCCCCUGGUCCUAAAGGGGCUGAAGAGAGGUCCCGGAGACUUCUGUCUUUUGCUCCUGUCAGACACUCCUCUGCCGUCUCCAGCAGUGUUGACGAAGACGAGAGCCUAGGUUACGCCCCCGAGCCUGCUCCGGCCAAUAAGACGGGGUCGCAGGAGAACAGAGAUCCAAUUUGGAGACAGGGGCAGGAGACGGCCGACGCCUCAGUCCAGAUCACCACGGCAACGGCAACCUCCACCUUCCCACAAUGCUUCACACCUCCCCAGAGGCUGACUGGUACCGGUCCGUCUAGGCAGGCGGCGCUGACGGUUCUGUUGCCGUAUAAACCACACGGUAGUGAGGAGAUGUUCUACGUACCCCAGACGCAUCCUGAGCCACAGCUUUCCCCCAUACGAUCUGACUCCACCAUGGAGAGUUCCCACCCAGGCUCGGACGACGCGGUGCCCCCUCGCUUCAACAUAGAGAUCCUGGGGUCACGAGAUCAGCAGGUGGACCAGGUGGUGGACAGAGGGGUAAACAUCAAACACACAGAGGGUAUCUACAGCAAGAGACAAAGACUGGGAGAAAACUACAGUAUGGAGAGGACAGGUACCUCCGUGCCAGACGAUGAAGGCCAACCAUUGGUUGACCAGCGUACUCCACAGUCAAAAUUCUUCUCUCAUGUCACAGGAGGGUUAACCAGAGUACCUGCUAUACCAAUCACCACCACUAGAGGACCUGCUGUACCAACCACUACCACUAGAGGACCUGCUAUACCAACCACCACCACUAGAGGUCCUGCUAUACCAACCACCACCACUAGAGGACCUGCUAUACCAAUCACCACCACUAGAGGACCUGCUAUACCAACCACCACCACUAGAGGACCUGCUGUACCAACCACCACCACUAGAGAACCUGCUAUACCAACCACCACCACUAGAGGUCCUGCUAUACCAACCACCACCACUAGAGGACCUGCUAUACCAACCACCACCACUAGAGGUCCUGCUAUACCAACCACCACCACUAGAGGUCCUGCUAUACCAACCACCACCACUAGAGGACCUGCUAUACCAACCACCACCACUAGAGGACCCUCUGCAGCCAUGAGAGACCAUGGAACCUCAAUCACCACCUCCACACACACCCAGGGUGUCCCAGACACAGACCACCCUGUCCAGCCCUCCUUUCGCUGCAGCCUGGGGGUGGGGGAAGAGGAGCUGGAGGUGUUUCAGCCUCUGCAUGUAGAGAUGGACUAUAGUUCCAUGGACCUCCACCAUCACUUCCCCAAAACCCACCAUCUCCACAUGGACCACCAGAUCUCCAACGCUCACCUUGUCCGAACCUCAGCCCCUCACCCAGGGAUGGAGCGAGAGCCGGGGAGGCGGGACCACAGUCUAGCCCAGCGGAGUGGCAGCACUCUGGACCAACUGUGGCACAGGUUCAGUGAGAGGUGGAGCCUGGAGGAGGCCCGGCCCACCAAUGAGAGAGAGGCGUCCCUGCUGGAGCGGCUGGAGCGUCUGUCCCGCCUCAUCCACAGCACCGGGACCUCCGCCCCGCCAGAGCCAACGCAGCAGACUGAUACCACAGAACAAGAGGGAGGAGGGAGGAGAAGAGAACGAAAGAGUAGUAGGAAGGAGGAAGAGAGGAGAAGAGGAGGUGUGGAGGAAGGGAGGAGUAGGAGAGAGGAGAGCAGCAGUGGCCGGAGUGAUCCCCAUGCUAAAGCUAACCAGGCUAAGGCUAGUGUUCCCCGCCAGGCCUGGGAGCAGCAGGAUGAGGAGCCCCGGGCCGCAGAGGGGGAGGACAGCUCUAGCCCCUCCCAUGGUCCGGCCCACAGCUUUAGCCCCUCCCACCUCCCGGCCCGUAGCCAAUACCUGUGUCCAGCAGAGAGAGAGAGGUCUGGGAGUGUCUCAGGGGAGACCAGCAGCUCCAUGUCAACAAUAGACACAGCCCGACUGGUGAGGGCCUUCGGAGCCCACAGGGUCAGAGGGCUGAAUACACAAGGGACCAGCCACAGGACCAGCCACAGGACCAGCCACAGCCUUAGUAAACUGUACAGCACCAUCCUCCAGCAGAGGCAGAGCAAGGAGCAGAGGAGAGGGAGGCCCAGAGAGACUCCUCAUAUCCCCCCAGUCCCCUCAGAGUCUACUGGCACUGAUAACUCUGUAAUUCCAGCUGACUCUGCAUCUUCAACCAGCACCUACACCCUCCCCUCGCAUCGUGGCCCCUCCCACUCCAAGAAGGCAGUCAAACAUGUCAGCAAAGGCGUACAGGCAGGGGACCUGGAGAUUGUGAGUAACGGAACACGUCGCCACACCCGAGACGUCGGCACAACGUUCCCCUCGCCAGGCUCAGCCAGGGGUGCCAGGGUGCUCCCCUCCUCACACUCUGGUAGCAAGAGGGGUAGAGCGGGGUACAGGAGCCCUCCUAAAACGCAGAGGAAGAGGAAGAUGAGCCAACCCUCUGCCAGGCCCUACUACCCUCAAGGUGUAUCCUGGUACAUCCCUGCUGAGGACCUGAGAGCUGAGGGCAGGAAGGAGAACAAGCCGGAGCAGCAGCCUCACCAGGGCCCGGCCUGGUUUGAACCCUACAGCAGAACCACCCGGCCCUGGAGAGAACCACUCAGACAGAGACAAAUACAGGACAGGGAGAGACUGACAGACAGACUACAGACCAAUCAGCUGGAGGCUGACCGCGACAGACCCAGUGAGAGGCAGCACACCAAGCACAGCAUCAUCACCCCUCCUGGGCCUGAACCCACUGGCAACGCCCCCGCCGCCCUGGUCCGCAUCUCUCUCCAGGAGGCUCUGGAGCUGCGUCGGCCAGAGUUUGUGUCUCGGUCUCGGGAGAGGGUGAAGCGUCUGGUGCUGCAGGUAGAGGAGAGGAAGCUGCAGGUCGUCUUCAGCAGAGAGAGAAACGAGCUCUUCAACCAACCCAGAAGACCAGGGAGACUGUCCCAACCCGCAGGCACAGCAGUGUUUCAAAGAGCCGUUCCCAAGAAGGAGAUGGUGCUACGAUCUAAACAACGGUCAGGUCAGGAACAGGAAGCAGGCUCUAACAACAGGGGGGCCAGGAGGAGGAGGAUGUAUGAGCAGCUGCCAGAGGUGCAGAGGAGGAGAGAGGAGGAGAAGAGGAGAGAGGAGUACCGCUCUUACAGACUCAACGCUCAGCUCUACAACAAGAGAAUCACCAACAGAGUCCUGGGCAGACAAACACCCUGGCAGUGAGCGCCUAGGAGGACUUUUACACUUGAUUCCGUGUACGUGUGCUGUGGAAUAAAAUACAAUGUAGUUCAAUUGUUUACAUUUUCUAACGUUUUAUUCCGAUCUGCUUCCAUUUUGUUCACCUUUUUUAACAAAUUAUGAAGUAAAUUUAAAAAAAGUAAAUAAUUUGUCUGUUUCUAAAGAGACAGGGUCGUAAUUGGUGUGUAUUUAAAUACUUAUUAUUAUAGUCUUUUUAUGACCAAAAUAUAAAUAAACAUGCUUUCUACACUCUA